AUGAUGUUCGGCUCCUCGACAGGCCCGCAGACGGGCAUCAACACCCCUCGCUCCUCGCAGUCUCUGCGCCCCCUCAACCUCUCCCACGGCUCCCUCGAAUUCUCCUUUCUCGUGCCCACCUCUCUGCAUUUCCACGCCUCACAGCUCAAGGACAGCUUUGCCGCGUCCCUCCCCGAGCCCACCGACGAGCUAGCACAGGACGACGAGCCCUCGUCCGUCCCCGACCUCGUUGCCAGGUACCUGGGCUUCGUCGCCCACGAGGUCGAGGAAGGCGAAGAUGACUCCCUCGGAUCCUACGUCGAGGUCCUCAAGCUCGUCCUCAACGAGUUCGAGCGUGCCUUCAUGCGCGGCAACGACGUCCAUGCCGUAGCAGGCUCCAUUCCCGGCAUCCCCGCCAAGAAGCUACUCAUGGUAGAGAACUACUAUGCUGCCCGUGCGGCCGUCAACAGGCCGGCGAAGCCACACGACUCUGCGCUCCUGCGUGCUGCCACCGAGGGGCAGGCCAAGCUGUACAGCAUCUACGGCGGCCAGGGCAACAUCGAAGAGUACUUUGACGAGCUGCGAGAGAUCUACAACACAUAUCCGUCCUUCGUCGAGGACCUCAUUUCCUCCUCGGCCGAACUGCUGCAGUCACUCGCCAGAGACCUCGAUGCCAUCAAGCUCUACUCCAAGGGAAUGGACAUUCUCCGUUGGCUGCACGACCGUGACUCCCAGCCAGACACCGACUACCUCGUCUCCGCGCCCGUCAGCCUGCCAUUGAUCGGUUUGGUCCAGCUGGCUCACUACAUGGCUACCUGCAAGGCCAUGGGCAAGGAGCCCGGUGACGUCCUCGAUACCUUCAGCGGAACCACCGGUCACUCCCAGGGUAUCAUCACCGCCGCGGCAAUCGCCACAGUCACCACCUGGGAGUCCUUCGGCAAGGCCGCCAGAGCGGCUCUGACCAUGCUCUUCUGGAUCGGCCUGCGAAGUCAGCAAGCCUACCCCCGCACCUCGCUAGCCCCGUCUCUGCUCCAGGACUCCGUCGAGCAUGGCGAGGGUGUGCCCACGCCCAUGCUGUCCAUCCGUGACCUCCACAGAAACGCAGUGCAGGAACACAUCGAUGCCACCAACCAGCAUCUGCCCGAGGAUCGCCACAUCGCCAUCUCCCUCGUAAACAGCCCUCGGAACUUUGUUGUCACGGGCCCUCCAAUCUCCCUGUACGGUCUCAACCUGCGUCUCCGCAAGGUCAAGGCUCCCACGGGUCUGGACCAGAAUCGCGUUCCCUUCACCCAGCGAAAGAUCCGAUUCGUCAACAGAUUCUUGCCCAUCACUGCGCCAUUCCACAGCCAGUACCUCGCCUCCGCCUUCGAUGCGAUCGCAGAGGAUGUCGAGGAUAUCAAAAUCCCUGCUCGAUCCCUGCGCAUCCCUGUUUACGAUACGAACACUGGCAAGGAUCUUAGCCAGCGAGGUGACGAGGAUAUCGUUCCUGCAUUGAUCCGCAUGAUCACCCGGGACCCGGUCAACUGGGAAAAGGCUACCGUCUUCACCAAGGCCACCCAUAUCGUCGACUUUGGCCCAGGUGGUAUCUCUGGCCUUGGUGUCCUGACAAACCGCAAUAAGGACGGAACUGGUGUCAGAGUCAUCCUUGGAGGACUCAUUGACGGCACCAAUGCGGAGGUUGGAUACAAACCUGAACUGUUCGACCGAGACGAAGACCAUGCCGUCAAGUAUGCCGUAGAUUGGGUCGAGGUAUACGGCCCACGACUCGCAAAGACGUCUGUUGGCCAGACGUUUGUCGACACAAAGAUGAGCAGGCUGCUUGGUGUUCCUCCAAUCAUGGUUGCUGGUAUGACUCCCACCACUGUGCCAUGGGACUUUGUAGCUGCCACAAUGAACGCCGGAUACCAGAUCGAACUCGGAGGUGGUGGUUACUAUAACGCCAAGUCCAUGACUGACGCCCUCAACAAGAUCGAAAAGGCUAUUCCACCAGGCCGUGGUAUCACCGUCAACUUGAUCUACGUCAACCCUCGCGCCAUGGCGUGGCAGAUCCCGUUGCUGGCCAAGCUUCGCGCUGAUGGUGUCCCUAUCGAAGGUCUCGUCAUCGGAGCCGGUGUUCCAUCCAUCGAAGUUGCCAAUGAAUACAUUGAGACCCUCGGAAUCAAACACAUCGGCUUCAAGCCUGGUUCCAUGGAUGCCAUCCAACAGGUCAUCAACAUUGCCAAGGCAAACCCUACCUUCCCCGUCAUCCUUCAAUGGACCGGCGGUCGUGGUGGAGGCCAUCACUCCUUUGAAGAUUUCCACCAACCUGUCCUCCAAAUGUAUAGCCGUAUCCGCAAGUGCGAUAACAUCGUCCUUGUCGCCGGAAGUGGAUUCGGUGGCUCCAAGGACACCUACCCUUAUCUCACCGGUAGCUGGUCCCGACAGUUCGGAUACCCACCAAUGCCAUUCGAUGGCUGCCUCUUCGGUAGUCGCAUGAUGACCGCCAAGGAGGCCCAUACCUCUAAAGCAGCCAAGCAGGCCAUUGUUGCCGCCCCGGGUGUCGACAAUAGCAAGUGGGAAGAUACCUACAAGGGCGCUGCUGGCGGCGUCAUCACCGUUCGCUCCGAGAUGGGAGAGCCAAUCCAUAAACUCGCAACUCGCGGUGUCCUCUUCUGGGCUGAGAUGGACCAGAAGAUUUUCUCCCUAGACAAAGCUAAGCGUUUGCCUGUCCUUAAGAAGAUGCGCGAGUACAUCAUCCGAAAGCUCAAUGACGACUUCCAGAAGGUGUGGUUUGGCUGUAACUCCGAGGGUGUCACCGUUGACUUGGAGGAUAUGACUUAUGCCGAGGUCGUGCAUCGUAUGGUCGAGCUCAUGUACGUCAAGCACGAGUCUAGAUGGAUUGACGAGUCGCUGAAGAGAUUCACCGGCGACUUCAUCCGUCGUGUAGAGGAGCGCUUCACUACCGAGAAGAACCAAGAGUCACGUCUCCAAACUUACUCUCAGCUUGAUACGCCAUACCCUACCGUCCAGGAAAUUCUCGAUGCCUAUCCCGAGUCCGCCAAACAGCUCAUCAACGCCCAGGAUGUUCAGCACUUCCUGCAGCUUUGUCAACGAAGAGGCCAGAAACCCGUUCCAUUCGUUCCAUCCCUUGACGAGAACUUUGAAUUCUGGUUCAAGAAGGACUCCCUCUGGCAAUCUGAAGACAUUGAGGCCGUUGUUGGUCAAGAUGUCGGCAGAGUUUGUAUCUUGCAAGGCCCUAUGGCCGCUAAAUACUCUACCACCAUCGAUGAACCGAUCAAGAGCAUCCUGGACGGCAUCCACAAAGAUCAUAUCCGAGGUCUUAUCCAGGACGUCUACAAUGGCGAUGAAUCCAGUGUUCCUGUUGUCGAAUAUUUUGGAGGUCAACUUGUCUUGGAUUACGAGGAGGAUCACGAUAUCGACGGCCUGACAAUAUCUGAGGACGCGACUAGAGUCUCUUAUCGUCUCUCGUCUUCGCCAUCUGCCAAUCUCCCCGACCUUGAUCGAUGGCUCCAUCUCCUGGCUGGAAAGGUCUACUCUUGGAGAUAUGCGUUGUUCACUACAGAAGUCUUCAUCCAAGGCCAACGCUUCCAGACCAACCCCAUCAAGCGCAUCCUUGCACCCACUCGUGGUAUGUUUGUCGAAAUCACCAACCCGAAGGAUCCAUUGAAGACGGUCAUCAGCAUGCGCGAGCCCUGCCAAUCGGGUAAACUUGUCAAGACUGUCGAAAUCCGUCUCACCGAGAAAAACCGCAUCACCAUGACCCUAUUUGAAGGAAGAACCGCUGAGAGUGGUGUUGUCCCACUUCCAUUCCACUUCACCUACCACCCCGAAACUGGCUAUGCUCCUAUCAGAGAAGUCAUGCAGGGUCGUAACGAUCGUAUCAAGGAGUUCUACUACCGCGUGUGGUUUGGCGAGCGCAAUGUUCCAUUUGACACGCCUGCUGCUGCCAUCUUUGAUGGUGGACGCACAACAGUGACAACUCAAGCGAUUGCCGAUUUCGUCCAUGCUGUUGGCAACACUGGUGAGGCGUUCGUUGAGCGUCAAGGAAAGGAAACUUUUGCCCCCAUGGACUUCGCUAUUGUUGCUGGAUGGAAGGCCAUUACCAAGCCUAUCUUCCCCCGUACUAUUGACGGUGACCUUCUAAAACUUGUUCAUCUGUCUAACGGUUUCAGAAUGGUUCCUGGCGCCGAGCCCAUCAAGGUCGGCGACGUUCUUGACACAACUGCUCAGAUUAACGCUAUCAUCAACCAGGAGUCUGGUAAGAUGGUCGAAGUCUGUGGAACUAUCAAGAGAGAUGGUGAGCCCAUCAUGCACGUAACCAGCCAGUUCCUCUACCGAGGUAAUUACACCGAUUUCGAUACCACGUUCCAGCGCAAGGAUGAGGUUCCAAUGCAGGUCUUCCUUGCUACGUCAAAGGACGUGGCCGUUUUGCAGUCUAAGGAAUGGUUCCGUCUAGAUGAGGCAAAUGUUGAGCUUCUCGGACAGACCCUCACUUUCCGUCUUCAGAGUUUGGUCCGCUACAAGGACAAGACUGUUUUCCAAAACAUGCAGACAACCGGUCAGGUCCUCGUUGAGCUCCCUACCAAGGAGAUUAUUCAGGUUGCAUCUGUCGAUUACGAAGCCGGCGUCUCGCAUGGAAACCCUGUAAUUGACUACCUCCAACGUCAUGGUUCCGCCAUCGAACAGCCAGUCAACUUCGAGAACCCAAUUCCUCUUAGCAAAGCGCCUCUUGUUCUCAAGGCCCCUGCCUCCAAUGAGACUUAUGCUAGAGUCUCUGGUGACUACAACCCAAUCCACGUCUCCAGGGUUUUCUCUAGCUAUGCUCACUUGCCAGGUACCAUCACACACGGCAUGUAUACAAGUGCAGCCGUUAGGAGUUUGGUUGAAACAUGGGCUGCUGAGAAUAACAUCGGCCGUGUCCGCAGCUUCCACGCUUCUCUUGUUGGGAUGGUUCUCCCCAACGAUGAUCUCGUUGUCAAGCUCCAGCACGUAGGUAUGAUUGCAGGCCGCAAGAUCAUCCAGGUUGAGACCAGUAACCAGGCUACCGAAGAGAAGGUCUUGAUUGGUGAGGCCGAAGUUGAACAGCCUGUUUCCUCCUACGUCUUUACUGGCCAAGGUUCUCAGGAGCAGGGUAUGGGUAUGGAUCUUUAUGGCACCAGCCCUGUCGCCCAGGAAGUCUGGGACCGUGCUGAUCGCCACUUCAUGGAAAACUACGGCUUCUCGAUUAUUGACAUUGUCAAGAACAACCCUCAAGAGCUGACCGUGCAUUUCGGUGGUCCUCGUGGCAAGAAUAUUCGCCAGAACUACAUGUCCAUGACCUUCGAGACCGUCAACGCAGAUGGAUCCAUUAAAUCAGAAAAGAUUUUCAAGGAAGUUGAUGAAAAGACCACGUCCUACACCUAUCGUUCUCCCACCGGUCUUCUAUCUGCCACCCAGUUCACUCAGCCUGCGCUUACCCUGAUGGAGAAGGCCAGUUUCGAGGAUAUGCGCUCUAAGGGUCUUGUGCAGCGAGACAGCAGCUUCGCUGGCCACUCGUUGGGAGAGUAUUCUGCCCUUGCCGCCCUUGCUGAUGUCAUGCCAAUUGAGAGUCUUGUCUCCGUCGUGUUUUACCGUGGUUUGACUAUGCAGGUUGCGGUCGAACGUGAUGAACAAGGCCGAUCCAACUACUCCAUGUGCGCUGUUAACCCAAGCCGUAUUUCCGGGACAUUCAACGAACAGGCCCUUCAGUAUGUUGUGGAAAAUGUAUCCGAAGCCACAGGCUGGUUACUUGAAAUUGUCAACUACAAUGUUGCCAAUAUGCAAUACGUCUGUGCUGGAGAUCUCCGAGCCCUCGACUGCCUUACAAAUGUCCUUAACGUCCUUAAAGCCCAAAAGAUCGAUAUUCCCGCGCUGAUGCAGACCAUGUCUCUUGAUGAUGUAAAAUCGCACCUCGUUCAGAUCAUCGACGAGUGUGUCAAGCAGACCACAUCCAAACCUCAGCCUAUCGUCCUUGAGCGUGGUUUUGCUACAAUUCCAUUGAAGGGUAUUGAUGUGCCUUUCCAUAGCACUUUCCUUCGCUCCGGAGUCAAGCCUUUCCGAUCUUUCUUGCUCAAGAAGAUCAACAAGACCACCAUUGAUCCAAGUAAACUGAUCGGCAAAUACAUUCCAAACGUUACUGCCCGUCCAUUCGAGCUCACCAAGGAAUAUUUCGAGGAUGUGUACCGACUUACAAACUCGCCGCGUAUUGGAAACGUUUUGGCAAACUGGGACAAAUAUGAAGAUCCCCAAGAGGCUCCAGCUGAUCCAACCGCUUCAGCAUAA